AUGGCGUCUACACCAGAAUCCGCCUUUGGCCAAGGUGAUUGCCACCUCGUACAGAAUCUCCUGUCACCAGGGCUGGAGACCGGAAUAUUCGAAAAACUUAAAGAUGAAGUGAACUGGAUGAGAAUGUCCCACCAGGGCGGAGAAGUUCCCCGUCUUGUUGCUGUACAAGGCCAUAUUGGCACUGAUGGGAGCGUGCCCAUCUAUCGCCAUCCAGCAGAUGAAUCGCCGCCUCUGACGCAAUUCACGCCCACGGUACUCGCUAUUAAAGAGGAAACAGAAAAACAACUUGGACACCCACUCAAUCAUGUCUUAAUACAACUCUACAGAGAUGGGACUGAUUACAUCUCAGAACAUAGCGACAAGACUUUAGAUAUUUCACAUGGAUCGUACAUUGCGAACGUUAGUGUCGGCGCACAGAGAACCAUGAUCCUACGUACCAAGCGCACUAAACGAGACCCAUCUCGAGUGCACGACGAAGAUGAAGAUGGGGCUCGCCAGUCUCAGCGUAUCAACUUACCUCACAACUCGCUACUGAAGAUGGGGCUUCAAACCAACAUGAAAUGGCUUCACGCAAUCAGGCAAGACAAACGGGCCGAUAGAGACAAAACCCCUGACGAAUUGGCGUACGGGAGUGCACGCAUAUCCCUUACCUUCAGACGCAUUAGUACGUUUAUGUCACAGGACGGCUCUAUAAUCUGGGGGCAAGGAGCAACAAGCAAAACGCGUGAUGCAGCCAAGAGUACCAUCAGCGGUGAUGUUCCCGAGGCAAUUGCGAUGCUAAAAGCGUUUGGCCGUGAGAACCAUUCCUCAAAUUUUGACUGGCAGGACGCAUACGGCGCGGGAUUCGACGUUCUUCAUAUUACCUCCGCGCCGAGAUUUUUCGCAGGGGCCGAUAAGGUCCCAAACCGCCGCAUAUCCUUGAUGCUUAAUGAAUAUGGUAUUAAGUAUGCUAGAGGCAGCGCUGAUUGGCCCAAAGGCGAGAAGCCAGUCGCUUCAUUUGGUUCCCAGACCAUGUCGUUUCUGAGAUAUGUCGAUAACAAUGACCAAGGUACUGACGUAAGGGGUGAUAUCGCCAUCAUGCUAUAUCUCUACUUCGGCAAUGCAAAGAAGCAUGUGGACGAUGUAGAUGUCGGGUCUCUCUAUGCUCGCUUCUACCGAGCAAUGACCAUUCAUGGCGAGUGGAAGCGUUGUAGAGAAGCAAGCAAUGGCAAUGGUAUCAGCGACCAACUAGCUCAGGAGUUUUCUUAUUGGGACUCUGCGCUGUUGAAAAUGCCAUUUUUGGGUGGCUUGUCGCCUAGCCUUCCAGACUUCGCCAUCUGGCCUGUCCUUCAUGAUAUCAGGGAGGAGGCGUCGGGUGAUGGGCUAAAACAGUUCCAGAAUCUAAAUAGUUAUUAUCAAAGAGUCUUGUGUCGAGAUGGAGUUAGGGAAAAUGUGCUUGACACACAUGUUUAG